GCACCAGCUGCCCCAGUAGACACCUGCAGCCUCGACCACACACCUGUUUUCCAAUCUCAAGUCAGGACAUAGUAGAACCCGGUUACCCAGUAGCGGUACAGCGUCAGAUGUACAGCUCGUACAACAUGAUCAAGACCGGUCUUCUCAUCGUUGCCCUGGCGGUCGCGUCCACCGCCUGGAUGCUCCAGAACGAUGCCUGUUCACCUGAUUGUGCUGGGAAAGCUCUUGGAGAUAAAGUCCCUGACCCCCUGAACUGUACCAACUAUUACAUCUGUUUGGGGGACGGUAUAGUGUCAGACCACGCUGUCCCCUGCUCUGGCAUUUUCGACCCAGGUACAUCAGCCUGUACCGGGUCGCCUGGUGACCCUUGUGACCCUGUUUGCCUGCCCGAAGACUGUCACAUCACCUGCAACGGCUCGUUCAGCUUGAUCAGUGAUCCAAGAAACUGUAGUACAUACUAUAUUUGUAUUGCUGGUCAAGUGUCUCAGACAGUUCACUGUAACUCAGACAACCCCUACUUCAACGGUGUGAACUGCGUCAAUGACAAGGAAGUUUGUUGCACAGUCUCGUGUGUUCCUUACUGUCAGCCAGGGAUCGUGCAGGCCCCAGACCCCACAGACUGCACCAAGUUCUACAUAUGCACUGAGGAGGGACCAGUGGACUCAAGCCUGCACUUUACUUGUAGUAGCGGAGAACACUUUGACUACCAAAUUGGUAGAUGUGUCUCGGGUAGUUCCUGUACCAACUUGUGCGCUACAGGAUCGUCUACAACAAACUCAGCAGUAACAACCACAACUCCACACACCGUUCCACCAAGCACCGACUGCGUAGACUCGCUUACCUGUACGGCUGCUGGCGCCUUCCCAAAGUGCAGCUCUUGUAAGCAGGAAUAUUUCACGUGUUCGGCCGCUGGUGCUGCGGGUGUCGUCCACACGUGCACGGGAAACUAUGUAUUCAACACCGACCCUGACUACCCUUACUGUAUUCUUCCCACCAACUGUCCUUAUAACCCAUAACUGAGUUAUUCCUGCCUCUCAGGAAGGUAGAGAUAGCCUAAGCUGCUCUAUUCUUUGGUGAUGUAUUUUAUUAUCUCAAUGAACUUGAACUUGAAUUCCUGCCUCUUUUCCGGCACGCUUCCUGUACUUGUACCCUACAAGUCCUGCCUCUACAACCAGCAAUAUCCUGGCCAGCUCCUACAACCAUCACUGGCUCUGGCAUCCUUUUGACUGGCUUACACUAUAUGUCUUACAAAUUCAAGUACGUUUAUUGAGGUAAUGAAAUACAAUACAUCUCAAGAGUAUAGAGUAAUGUAGGCUAUUUCUAUCCUCGUCUAUUUAACUCAAGAAGCUCACACAUCCAUAUAGUACACAAAUAUUAGUACCAUUUUACAUUUCGCACUCCAACAGUAACCACAUGGUACACUGCGAUUACUUAUUGAUUAUGCUGCACCUGUCAUUUCUUGUUUUGUUAAAGGCAGACUAAGAAAUUUGGAGAGGGAACAAAAUGAAGCCAUGAGAAUAAUUUUGGGAUGUCCAAGAAAUGCUAUGAUUUCAGAGAUAAAUGUAGCUUCGGUGAUUAGAUUUAUGAGUGGCGGGGGAUGUAAUGAAUUAAUUCUCUCACUUCGGAAGGUGGGAAGAAAUGUGCAAUGCAUAUUGAGGUAUAACAAGAGAGCGAAUAUAAGAUUCCUAUGUAGCAAUGUUACGAAGUAUGAUGUUAUUCAAGAAUGUACUGCAAUUCGAAAGAAACAAUAACACCAUCUUGGGAGGAAUGUAGCGUAGAUGUAGUAACUAUUCUCUCUAUAUUCCUCCAUGACUAGUUGUCAGAUGACAUUGACAUUUGCCGUUGAGUAUUCAUUAAGAACCAAUAGCUCCUUAGACACAGAGUCCCAACAUUUUUAACAUUUCGUCUUGUUUAAUACUUGUGCACUCAUUACAAUCAAAGGUAAUGCCAUUUUUUAAUCAUGUCUUCCAAUUCAAGUUUUGUAAACCAUUCUACAUUAUCGUUUGUCUCAAUAUUUUCCACCACAUUGGAUUGAACACUGCCAUCACUAGUAGAUUGUUAGCUUUCCUGAGACUCUACCAUCAGUGAUACACGAUCCUCUUCCCCCUCCGUCUCCACUACACCCCAUCUGUUUGCCAUAGCUAAUUCUAGAACUUCAAUCCUCUUGUCCAACUUUUUGAGGUACUCCAAGAUCUGUGUACCAACCUCACAGUUCACGACGCUUUCCUGAACCUCAUUACCUCAAAGGUACACUUUUUCGGCUUGGUUUUCUACAGCCAUUAGCAUAGCCUUAGCUACAACUGCUAUCCACUACUACUGCCCUUACAACGAACCUCCUCCAGUAUUAAUAUUGAUCUGUCAAUGACAUUCAGGUAAGAACCAGUCCGUGCAAGAAAGAUCUCUUAAAUAUGUACUGAAGAUUUCUGCAGAAUAAUUCAUCGCUGAAAUUUAGCCACAUUAAUUAAACAAAAUUAUAUAGAGAUUAUAAUUGAAUUUAAUCUAUGAUUUAAACAGCUUUUGUUUACUAAAUUAGUGAUUACAUCAUGACAUUUUCGCCUGAUAAUUACCUUACAUUACCUUCAAGAAAACAUUACCUUCCAGGCUUGGUGCCUUCUUUUGAUAAUUACUUACAUACCUUAAAAAGAUGUUCUUAGAUAACUUAAAGUUUAUGUUUUCUAAUAUUGUUUUGUAAAGUCUUGAAGAAGGUUUAACAAUACUGUACAAAAUAGUUUAUUCACUGUAAAGUCUAAUAAAUCAGUCGUGUUUUUCAUUGCUCUUUGUAGAUAAAUAAUGAAAUGUAAGUAAAUUAUGUAUUGACUGGGACCAAAAGUGAAGGUUUUGCAUUGUUAUUUUUUCUUUGUCUAUUAACAAUAAAGGUAUACAAAAUA